UCUCUGGAUUUGUCAUUUUCCGGUCGUCAGCGUACGCGCGAGUUUUGGCGAGUGUGCUAAGAAAAAGAUUGAUAAAAUCGCUAAAUAGUGCUAUUUAAUUAAGUUUUAAUUGACAAUAGAAUCACAUACACACCACCAAUCAAAAUGGCAGACAAACAAGUCGAUAGUGAAAUGAACGGUGAAGAUUUCACCAAGGAUGUUACCACCAAUGAUGUGGCGAGCUCUGAAAAUGGUGAUUCGACCGCCGCUGCCGGUGCUGCAAAUGGCAGUUCUGAAAAUGCAGCCGCUGCGGGUAACCAGCGUGAUGACGACAGGAAACUAUUUGUUGGCGGCCUCAGUUGGGAAACGACUGAGAAGGAACUGCGCGAUCAUUUUGGCAAGUUCGGUGAGAUCGAGAGCAUUAAUGUAAAGACAGAUCCUCAAACGGGCAGAUCGCGUGGCUUUGCCUUCAUUGUGUUCACCAACACAGAGGCGAUUGACCAAGUAAGUGCCGCUGAGGAGCACAUCAUCAACAGCAAGAAGGUUGAUCCCAAAAAGGCAAAGGCGCGCCAUGGCAAGAUAUUUGUGGGUGGCCUGACUACAGAGAUAAGCGAUGAGGAAAUCAAAACCUACUUCAGUCAAUUUGGCAACAUUGUUGAGGUGGAGAUGCCAUUUGACAAGCAAAAGUCACACCGCAAGGGCUUCUGUUUUAUUACCUUCGAUUCAGAGCAGGUGGUUACCGAUUUGCUGAAGACGCCCAAACAGAAAAUCUCUGGCAAAGAAGUUGAUGUUAAGCGCGCAACGCCAAAACCGGAGAAUCAAAUGAUGGCAAUGCGUGGCGGUGCGCGAGGUGGCAUGCGGGGUGGACGAGGUGGAUACGGACGUGGUGGUUAUUCCCAUCAAUGGGAUGGCCAGGGUUCGUAUUCGGGCUAUGGCGGCUAUGGUGGUUAUGGUUCCGGUGGCUUUGCCGAUUACUAUGCCGGUGGCUACUAUAAUGGAUAUGACUAUGGUUAUGACUAUGGUUAUGGCGGCGGCUUUGAUGGUGGCUUUGGCGGUAAUGGCUACGGCAGCGGCGGCGGCGCUGGCGGGCGCGGUGCCGGAGGUCCGCGCGGCGGCGGCGGCGGCGGCGGUGGUGGCGGAUUUAAUGGUGGCAAACAGCGCGGCACUGGACGCCAGCCACGACACCAGCCCUACUAGGCGGGGGCCGUUUUGGAAUCCGCGACAUCUACUUAUAACUGCAAACUAUUUGAAUUUAACUUAGUUUAGUUUGUUAUGCAUACAACAAAACCACACAAACACCUACAUCCACACACGCACACACACUUACACACACAGACACACACACACACGCCUAUAAAGCGACUGCAGGGCAGACCUCAUAUUCUCAUGGCAUAAGGCAAGUCUAGCGGAGCAGAUAUACAACAACUAUACACACUUGUUGUGUAGCACCAUUCCAAAAACAAAAACAACAACAACAAAAGCAACAAAAACAACAACAACAACCACCACCACAGCAGAAGCGGCAGCUACAACCUGGCCAAGAAACAACGCAUCAUUUAUAUAUAUAAAUAUAUAUACAAACACACACAUAUACACAUCCACACACACACAGAGAGCGAGGGAAGAAAUAUAUACAACAUAGAGAGUUAGGCUUGGAGAAAUGUAAUUUUUUUUAGCAAGUGGCUAAUUUUUCAUAGCCACACGCUCGUUAAGCCAGCAUUGCCCACCAAGAAAACCCCACACUGUACCACAAUAUUAUGCCACACUCACUUUGUGUGUGUGUGCGCGCGCGCGUAUGUGUGUGUGUGUGUGGGGCUAAACUAAUUUGUUUUUUUCUAAUGUAGUCUCAUACAUUAUGCGAGGUAAUUGUUUAACUUGUAAGCAGGGUCAGGCAUACAGGAGAUAUACACACACAACAUACACACUCACACAUGCAUACAAACAUAAAUAGAAAACACGGCAACACAGUUUAAUAGUAACAGUAAAUACAUUAUAUUAAAUACAAUAGUCGUUAAGUAUUUGUUUAAACUUAAUUAAUUAAUAACUGUAAUAUGUAUUGCAUAAUUAUCAUAAUGCAACGCUAGGCAGCUGGCGCUCCUGCGGUGCGGGCGGGCUAUCUUUAUUUAAGCGGACGCACCAUAAUGGCAAACGUUCCGCAUUGUCCAAGUCCGCUUGAAACUACAACAAACAACAAAUCCACCAAAUUACAAAGAACAAUGAUUUUUCCGAUAUAA